CGAUUUGACCCGCACCGACUCCGCUGUGGAACAGGAAGUGGUAAGCAUUGUGGGAGGUGUAGUUCCGCUUCUAGGCCGCUGCGCUGAUCAGAGCGGAGAAGAUCCAAACAAACAAAAACAUCAAACAAACUUUAAACAGCGGAGAUCAAAGGCUUUAUUAGUACCGAUAGGCGAGUUUCCCGCGCCGCCAUGCCGGGCUUCACGUGCUGCGUGCCGGGCUGCUAUAAUAACUCGCACCGGGACCGCGAGCUGCGCUUCUACACCUUCCCGAAGGACCAGACGCAGCGCGAGAUCUGGCUGAAGAACAUCUCGCGCGCGGGGGUCAGCGGCUGUUUCAGCACCUUUCAGCCGACCACCGGCCACCGCGUGUGCAGCGUGCACUUCCCCGGCGGCAGGAAGACCUACACCAUCCGGGUCCCCACGCUCUUCCCGCUGCGGGGCGUCAACGAGCGCAAGAGCCGCAGGGGCAGGAAUAAGAAGCUGUUCGCGGCGCUGCCGGGGUCCGUGCCGGGUGUCGUGACGGGUGCCGUGCCGGGUUCCGUGCCCAUCAUCACCAGCGUGGUGUCCAUCGCCGGGGAGGGAGAAGGUAACGGGGAGACGACCGUGGUGCAAAUCGGACAGAACGGGCAGUACAUCACGCCGGUGGACCUGACCGCGGCGGGGAACGCUGCUGACCACAGCGAGGAUUUUGUAGGCGCCGGUGCCAGUGGCAGGGAUGGUGCCGGGUCCUGUGCCGGGGCCGGGUCAUGUGCCGGGUCAUGUGCCGGAUCGACUGCCGCGUUUACGCAGGCCGCCGCAGCUGCCGCUGGAGUCCUCAUCGCUGAGCAGUGUGGCGCGGGGCUGUCCGGCGAGGACCACUGCUACUCGCUGACCAACGGCACCACCUCCGCCGAGCUGCUGCGGAAACUGAACGAGCAGCGGGACAUCAUCGCUCUGAUGGAGGUGAAGAUGAAGGAGAUGAAGAACACCAUCCGGCAGCUCCGCAUCACCGAGGCGCAGCUACAGGAGGAACUCCGGGAGAGGGACCGCUUACUGUCCGCUGCCUCCACCACCGCCGCCACCGCCAGCUCGUCUUCAACCUCGCCGUCCUCCUCGUCCUCAGUGAGGAAGAAAGUCUGACCCGCUGCGGACGAACCUGAGACCCCUGGGAACACGUUUUUAUACGCUGAUUUAUUUUGUAUGAUGGUAAACUUUGCCGUGAUGUAAAGAAGACAGGAAAAUAAAAAAAAUAAAAAACAGAAAAAAUAAGCAAAAUUACGAUAAAAGACUCAUCGAACGUCGUAAAAUAACGCACACCUCUUUACGCCUGUCACUGAAGAGAGGUACUGUGUGGGCGUGGUCAUGAUAUUGUGCUGUCCAUCACAGGUGAACAAACGUUUGUUUACGUUGCUAUGGCAACACAUGGGCACCCCCGCCUUGAGGCAGAGAAGCAUAACUGUGUGUGUGUGAAUAUUCGGAUAGCUCGCCGGGUUCAGUUGCUCAGACUAGAAGAGACAUGCUAAUGCUAUGUCAGCCUUACGAUUGGUAGGGGGUUCUGCUGACAUCAGCCUGACCCACUUUUAGCCCCGCUCAUUCUUUCUGCAUCCAGUGGAGAGUGAUAGUGGUGAAAUACAGCAGAGAUUUAUUCGACUUCAGGGGGAAUUCAUAACAAGUUCUUUGAACACAGAAGAACCAGAGGAGUAAAUGAGCCGAUUAGAAUCAGAACUCUUUAGCUUCCCAGGGGCGAAUAAAAGAGAAGAAAAGAUAAACUGUGUUUCAGAGCUUCUGAGAGAAAAGUAAAGCUGCAAGGCGACGAUUAUCUCUGACUGUUGCGCUGGAUAAUCCAGGUCCAGGCUCUAAAGAUCUGCAGGCAGGUGGAACCAAACCCUGGGACGGAUUUGAAGCAUCUGGACCUGGAUUACCCAACUCUAAUGUAGCUAAUUAGCUAGUUCACCUGUUUGAGGAAGUUCCCUUGUUUUUAGGCUUCUAGCUUUCUUCAUUAUUAGCUGAGCAUCUUGUAGUAGAAAGAUACUUUAUUAAUGCAGCGUUUUCCAGCCCGUCGAGUCCUGCAGUCCCACAGCUCUCUGCACAUUUUAGUGUUUAUACUGCUUUAAGGUUCUUAGUGCACUAAAUAUUAACAUACUAACUCCUGAUGAACAGUGAUGAACACUACAGCUGCAGCUAAUGAUUAUUUUGGUAGUUAAUUAAUCUGAAGAGUAUUUUAGUUAUUUAGUAAUUAGUAGGUAAUUGGGACACAGCCUAAGUGCCGCGCGUUGGGCCUCCAGAACCCGGGCUGAGAAACACUGCUGUAAGUAAAUGAAUUAAAGUUAGGUCAUCAAUCUGUGUGUGUUGUAGAAUCAUCACACACUCGCGAGCAGCUCGGACUGGGACUUUUACAACCCAGACAUGGAGAAUGCGGGUCCGGAAAGUUUAACCCCCCCCCCCCCCCCCCCAACUCCCCCAGGGGUCGAGAUUCCAGCAGCAUCCCCAUGAGGGUUCUGUACAGGAGCCCAACUGUGUGGAUACCCCCCCCCCCACCCCCCCCAGUCCAGCCAGAUAUAAUUAACUCUAAACUCUUCCUCCACCUGUUUUUUGGAAAUAUGAAUAAAUUUGUGUAGAAUGAUCAGAAUAUUUACCUGAUAUUUAAUCCCAGUUCUGAUUAAAGAGGAUCAGGUUCAGACCUGGGCAGAAGAACAUCAUCCUGAUCUGGAUUCCUCUGGACCUGGAUUCUCCACACUGAACUUUUCGUUCUUGUUUUAUUUGUUUUUUUAAGUGUGUUUAAGUGUGAUGUAAAGUGAUGAUGAGGUUUUGCUCUGGGCUGCAGUUCUCCUGGAUCUUCACCUGGAUGACGUUGUGUUCGAGUCCAGAACCGGAUUUGUUAUUAUUCACUUUUUUAAAUAUCUGAGUGGAAUUAAGAGAAUCUGUUCCAGGAUUUUCACCUGUUUGUAGAAAAGACCCGAGAGCUUAAAUUAAAAAUAAAAAUCACAGACUGCUGAGUCUCUUUA